CCUAACCAACUCACACUGUCAUAACUGCCAUUUUGAACAAAUGAGUAUUGUUCCCGCCAUCACGGCAUUUUCUCCACUCGAAACUCAAUAUCUGAUCUCCCAUCAAAACCAUAGGAACCAACCCUCGUUUCCUAACACAGCAAAUCAUGAAAUCAACCUUAAACCCAUUGACCCCGCAGUCUCAUGGACGUCUUCUAUAUCCAGGCGCUGUCGUGCCGGCCAAUUAGCUGAAGCGGCGAAGGAGUUUACCUGCAUGAGGAUGGCGGGUGUCGAGCCAAAUCACAUCACUCUCGUGACAAUUCUUUCAGGAUGUGCUGAUUUUCCAUCAAAAGUUGGAGUUUUGGGUCCUCUGAUUCAUGGGUAUGUUUGCAAAUUAGGGUUGGAUGGAACUAAUGUGAUGGUGGGUACUGUGCUAGUGGAAAUGUAUGCGAAAUGCGGAUGUGUAGAACUGGCAAGGUUGGUCUUUGAUAAUAUGAAGUUAAAGAAUGUAGUUUCUUGGAAUACAAUGAUUGAUGGGUAUAUGAGAAACGGGGAGUACGAAAAUGCGAUUGAGCUGUUUGAUGAAAUGCCUGAGAGAAACGUGAUUUCUUGGACUGCCUUGAUUAAUGGUUUUGUUAAGAAAGGUCAUUGCGAGGACGCCCUGGAUUGGUUUCGAGAAAUGCAAACAUCUGGAAUACAGCCUGAUUAUGUUGUUGUUAUAGCUGCUCUUAUGGCAUGUGUCAACUUGGGAACGCUUGGCACGGGCUUAUGGCUGCAUCGUUUAGUUUCACAGCAGAAUUUAAGGGACAAUGUUAGAGUUAAUAAUACACUGAUUGAUAUGUAUUCGCGAUGUGGAUGCAUUGAAUUUGCUUGUCAAGUUUUUGAGAAAAUGCCUAAGCGAACAUUGGUUUCAUGGAAUUCUAUCAUUAUUGGAUUUGCUGUUAAUGGAUUAGCGGAAAAGGCUCUGGAAUAUUUCAAUCUGAUGCAAAAAGAGGGCAUUAGGCCGGAUGGAGUUAGCUUCACCGGGGCACUCACUGCAUGUAGCCAUGCUGGUUUGGUGGAUGAAGGGCUCGGGUAUUUUGAUAUCAUGACAAGCAUUUACAAAAUCUCUCCUAGGAUUGAACAUUAUGGUUGCCUGGUGGAUCUUUAUAGCCGCUCUGGGAAGUUAGAAGAUGCAUUACAUGUUAUAGAGAAUAUGCCCAUGAAGCCCAAUGAAGUUGUGUUGGGAUCAUUGCUGGUUGCAUGUAAGACUCAUGGGGAUGUUAACUUGGCCGAGAGUGUGCUAAAGCAUCUAGUUGCUUUGGACACUAACAGUGAUUCCAAUUUUGUGCUUAUUUCAAAUAUAUAUGCUGCAGCUGGAAGGUGGGAUGGAGCAAGCAUGGUAAGGAGGCAAAUGAAAGACCUUGGGAUACAAAAAAGGCCAGGGUUUAGUUCAAUUGAGAUUGCCUCUGACACUCACGAGUUUGUAGCCGGAGAUAAAUCUCAUAGUGAAACAGAUCGCAUUUACGCAAUGCUAGAGCUGCUGUCUUUUGAUUUGAAGUUAUCUGGGUAUGUACCUGAAACUAUUAUAAGGGACUUACAUGAAAAUGAUUGAAACUUAUGAGUUAUAAUAUAAAAAUUCAUUUCAC